ACUCACCAAUGCUUGUUGUGGAAUUCGAGCCCCCAAACACGCUAUCAUCAUAUCAUCAGAGAAAAGCAACUUCACAAAAGUGUCUAAUUAUAAAAUAUUGGGAACCAGUUCAUGAAUAAUAGUAGUACUUCACUUCAAGGACAUUGUUCACUUCAGGUUCAUUGUGUUGCUAACAUGAAGGUUUCUGCUUUCUUUUCUUUGCUCUUGGUGGUUGGAGCAACUGUGGUGUUCUUCAACAUCUUAAUUCCUACUACUGCAACACCUGGGACCAAUUAUGGUGAUAAGGCAACACUGGUUGCAGUGAGCAGGAAACUGAAGGAAAAUGGAAAGAAUGUUAAGAGUGGUAUGAGCAAGAAUGAUGAUAUGAGUCGAGUGAUUCUGACCGAUUACUAUCCCGUUGAUCCACCACCAAAUUCUAGACCAAAGGCAUCUUUAAAUCCUGGACCUAUUCAGCAUGGAAGCCCUCUGAAUCCAUACAUACCAAAACCUUUACCUCCUGAUCAUCCUCCUAAACCUGGAGAUUCUGACUAACUUUCUCAUCUCUUCAACUAUAUGCUAUGCUCACAAGAGGAACGCUAUUCACACUCUUUUAACAUAUUUCUUUUGAUGGGGAAAUAAGAAAUUGUUCAAAGUUUGUGUUGCUAGCAUUUCUCGUGCUGAAAAUAAAGAUAGGACUCAUUCUCACACGUUGUUUACUCACUUUUCUGUGCGUCUUUGUGCUAGUGUUGUGAAAGAACAGUUGUGCCUUUUAGCAUCCUAUGCAGUGGCCAAUGUACCUACUUAUAACUAAGGAUCAUGUCAAUUUCUAUUUCUGUUAGUUUGUGUUUGUGCAACUUCUGUAUGUUUAUUUUUCUUUUACAUGAUAUAUAUCCUUUCUUCUUA